AUGUCGUCGUCCCCGUCUACCUCCCCGAGCCCCGCUGCCCUUGACCCUACGCCCCGCGGUGAGGCCCCGGCCUCUCCUCCUUUUUCCCUCGCGCUGCGCUCCGACAUGCCCAGCUGCGCGCUCGCCGCGCACCACGCGCUGCCCGACCACCGCUGCUCCGCCCCGCUCGCGCUCACGCCCCUCCCGAGGCGCACUCCGCAGCCGCUCUCGCGCCCGGCUGCACCACUGCAUGCGCGCGCACACCCGCAGCCGCACGCCGCCGCGCCUCCCCCUGCAUGCUCCCCUCCGUGCCGCGCCUGGCCGCCGGCGCCCCGCCGUGCCUAG